AUGGCAAACGCGCUCAACAACAUAUACCGAUGGGCGAUUCCGACCGCGGCUGCCUUCUCGCUGGCCUCCGCGUCCAUCUACGAUGUGAAGGGUGGCACUCGAGCGGUCAUCUUCGAUCGACUACGAGGAGUGUCUGACCAGGUCGUCAACGAAGGCACACACUUCCUGGUCCCAUGGCUGCAGAAGGCCGUCACAUUCGACGUACGAACCAAGCCCAGGAACAUCAGCACAACCACUGGCAGCAAGGACCUCCAGAUGGUUAGCUUGACACUGCGUGUGCUGCACCGACCUGAAGUGCAACAACUUCCCAAGAUCUACCAGAAUCUCGGACAAGACUACGAUGAGCGUGUACUACCUUCCAUCGGAAACGAAGUCUUGAAAGCCAUCGUGGCACAAUUCGAUGCCGCCGAACUCAUCACACAGCGCGAGGCCGUCUCUAACCGCAUCCGCGCCGACCUCCUGAAGCGAGCGAACGAGUUCAACAUUGCCCUGGAGGACGUUAGCAUCACACACAUGACAUUCGGCCGCGAGUUCACCAAGGCUGUUGAGGACAAGCAGAUUGCACAGCAAGACGCAGAGCGAGCACGCUUCAUCGUUGAGAAGGCCGAACAGGAGAGACAAGCAAGCGUUAUCCGUGCAGAGGGAGAAUCAGAGGCCGCAGAAGUCAUCUCCAAGGCUGUCGCUAAGAGUGGUGAUGGUCUCAUCCAGAUCCGAAGAAUCGAAACACAGAAGGAUGUUGCACAGAUGCUAUCGAACAACCCGAACGUGACGUAUCUACCGGGUGGAGGUAGUGAAGGUGGCAAUGGUGGCGGCAAGGGUAGCUUUCUCCUGGGUCUGAGGUCGUAA